AUGUCAGUUUUUUUUGCAAUUAAAAAUUACGUAUAAAAUACAGUUGGUCGUAUGAUUCGUGAAACAGGACUAGAACUUGACAGAUGGGGUUCGAAAUUCUAAAGAGAUAUUGCUUGUUGGGAACCUUUAUCUCGUCAUAGAAAUAUUUUACCCUUAUAUGAUAAAAUACCAACAUUUUAUAGCAAUGCAUUUAUUUCACCUAAUUGUACAUUGAUAGGAGAUGUAUUUUUAGGUCAAAACACAUCUAUUGGUUAUGGGUCAACUUUAAGAGCUGAUUUAAAUCCAAUUAGAGUUGGACAUAAUACUAAUAUAGGUGAUAAAACAGUAAUUAGUAAUGUAGAUACAUUACCAUCUGGAAUUCCUACAUCAACAACCAUAGGAAAUAAUGUUAAUAUAGAAGAUAACGUCGUUUUACAAUCAUGUAUUAUUGAUGAUUUUGUUACUAUUGGAAUUUCUUCUAUAGUUUUAGAAGGUUCCUAAUUAGAAAGAGGAUGUGUUAUUGCUCCCAACUCUUUUGUACCUGCUGGACAUUUAAUUCCUGCUUAUUAAUUAUGGGGAGGAAGUCCUGUUAGAUAUAUUAGGGAUUUAACUACAGAAGAAAAAUAAUAAUAUUUUAAAAAGUAAGAAGAAAAUUUUUAAAUAGGAAAACAAAAUAAAGAAGCAUUAUUAUUGACUGGAUAUAAUCCAACUUCUUAAUGA